CUGUCGACGUCGUCAGAGCAGGCCGUGUGCCGUGCAGGACUCGCCCGCAUGAGCGAGUUCUGUGCCCGACGAAGCACAAACUCCCGCACUCCAUCUCUCCCACUGCGAUCUGCGAGAGCUGUGCCCGUCGUGUCGACACGUGCCCAAUAAGCCCAGUGUUGAAAUGAGCAUUGCCAAAAUUGGCUGCGACCCCAUGGGCUUCUAGCUAUUCCAAGCCGCUGGACGGGUCUCCCUUCUCGUCAGACUUUCCUGCUGAUUCCACCGCGGCAUCCACAUCCAUGUCGUAGAUCGAUCGCUUGUGGACAGGCGCCCGCCAAAACCGCAGCAGGCACUGUUGCCCUCUGCCAAAAGUCGACUGGCUCGAGAAAGUUUGGAGAGACAACUGUGACUCCCUCACUGUCAUGUCAGUGGCAACAGUCUCUCUCUCAUUUACCUCAUCUUGUCUUCAGUCCUUCCUUUAGCCCAGCAUGAUGGCCCCGCGGCGCCGUGGCUUGCUUCUCCUUGCGGGCCUGACCGUCGUUCUGCUGCUUCUGCAUUUUCAGGGGCAGAAAUUCCAUUCUUUGGCAGCGCAAAAUACCCAUGCGCAAUCACGCGCCAACACCAGAACCGUACCGGAGCCGCCCCAAGCAGUCGUCGCGAACGAUGCGGCUUCGGGUCGGCUGAGUGAACAGCAAGAUUCCUCACGCAACACCGAGAGACGACCAUGGGAAUACUACAGAGAGCAAUAUCCGGUCGAGAAUUUUGUCUAUCCCCCAAAUGGACGACCUGGCAUGCUGCCAAAGGUCCAAUACGACUUCCCUGCAGAGACAGAGGAUCAAAUUCAGACUCGACUGAAGCGCCGAGCGGCGGUGACUAAAGCAUUCGAAAGGUGCUGGUCAUCUUACAAGAAGUACGCAUGGAUGAGAGACGAAUUAAUGCCACUGAGCGGGAAAGGUAACGACUGGUAUGGCGGAUGGGCCGCGACGCUUAUUGACAGCUUGGACACCUUGUGGAUCAUGGGUAUGAAAUCUGAAUUCGAAGAAGCCGUGGCUGCUGUCACGAAUGUCGACUUCUCCGCCGGAACUGGUACUAUCGAAAUCGUUAAUGUGUUCGAGACGAACAUCAGGCAUCUCGGUGGGCUCAUAGGCGCAUAUGACCUAAGCGGCGACAAGCGAUUGCUGGAAAAGGCCGUAGAACUUGGACACAUGUUGUACGCCGCAUUCGACACGCCAAAUCGAAUGCCGAUCACGCGAUGGAACGUAAAGGCCAGGCUCCGUGGCAGGCCGCAACGUGCGGAUGAAGCUGUGCUCGCUGCUGAAAUCGGCUCAUUUGGCCUUGAAUUUACGAGACUCAGUCAGCUGACUGGCAAUCCCAAGUGGUUCGAUGCUGCGAACAGAAUCGCAACUAAGCUCCACGAAGCGCAGAGCGAGACAUAUGUGCCUGGAAUGUUUCCUUUGGUAUUCAACGCCAGGAACAUGACGUUCGACAAAAGAGGGGUAUUCAAGUUGGGAGCUAUGAUAGAUUCCUUAUACGAGUAUUUCCCCAAAGUGUAUGCUCUUUUGGGCGGCUCGUCGAGCAUGAUGAGAGAUCUGUACGACUCUGCAGCUCGUCCUGCCAUCAAACAUACACUGUUCAAACCAUACACACCGAAUAAUGCCGACAUUCUCAUCCCAGGAGAGAUAUACGUGGAUGAGGAUGGCAAAUUCUACCCACGGCUGAACGGCGAGCAUCUAGGCUGUUAUACUGGGGCAAUGUUCGCUCUCGGUGGCAAGCUCACUGACAACGAACAUCACGUGGAGGUUGGCGAGAAGCUUACUCACGGAUGCGUUUGGCUGUAUCAACAUUCUCCCCUAGGCUUGAUGCCUGAGACUUUUUCGAUGCAACCGUGCCCGCCUAGCUCCAGCUGUGCUUGGAGCGAGGAGAAGUGGAAGGAAGCGGUCAUGCGUGAGAACGAGAUUCCCUUUGGAGGUGAGAUCCUCGACCGCGAGAUCAAAAGAAUGGCGCUCCCCAAGGGCUUCACCGCCGUCCGUGACAAGCGCUACGUCUUGAGACCUGAGGCCAUUGAAAGCGUGUUCGUCCUCUACCGGAUCACGGGAGACCGCAAGCUCCUGGACGCAGCCUGGUAUAUGUUCUCUGCCAUCGAGAGAUUUACGAAAACGGGCAAGGGCAAUGCCGGCCUUGAUGAUGUCCUUGUCUCUAGAGACCCGCCGAAGCAGGACAGGAUGGAGAGCUUCUGGAUGGCGGAGACGCUGAAGUACUUUUACCUUAUCUUCAGCGAACCCGAUCUGAUUAGUCUUGAUGAAUACGUGCUGAACACCGAGGCCCACCCAUUCAGGCGACCGACGUGAUGAGAAAUGCGGCUGAUGUUAUUCAUUAUAUUGUGUUAAUAUGUUGCGUCAACGUUUAGUGCCGGCGGCGAAUGCUCUGGUUUCAAACCGGGGACUGAAGAAACGAAUGCAUGUUCAGCUACGAUCUCAAGGACGAAGACUCAAAUGUUUCAUACUUUACUUUUCAAUACGGCAUAUAUCGAUUGGUGACUACCUCAAAUGUGUCGUGCGAUGCUGUAAUCACAAAUUUGCGUGCAAAAGAGACUUCCGAACGGACGCAGCAUGCAGACUUUGUAGGCUUUUGUACUGUUAAACAAGAAUUAAAUCUGUC